ACUAACUAGAGUCUCAAAGCAGAUAACCUCAGUGACACAGUGAGUGUGUUUGCAUCCGGAUGUUUGCGUGUUUUUUUCACUGUAACAGAUAUUUUACCAGUGCCAGUGUCUACCGGGCUCAAGACGUACUCAAUGUAAGAUGAAUGCGGAGGACAAGCUGGAGGGCAUGCUGCUGAGGUGUGGGAGCGGGGGCAUCGAUGGAGGCAGCAGAGUUAGCCUGGGCGGUGGAGGGCUGGUGGUGAUGACCUUAGGGGAACGCUCCCUGGCCAAUCACCCGCUCUUGGCCGAAGACGAGGAUGACGAGGACGAUGACGAGGACUUGACCGGAAACUCUCUGGUUACUCAUGACCUUGUUCCUCCCGAGCAGCUGAUGAUGCAGGAGGAGGGGACAAAGAAUGGUGGAGAGGAGGAGGAGGAGGAGGAGGGAGGAGGAGGAGGCGAGGUGGGAGUGCAUUUCCCACUAAAGCUCACCAAUAAGUUGCCGUACUUGCUGCAUGUGCCAAUGAACAUCAAGCAGGAACUGAAGCUGUCUGACCCAGCUGCCCAUAAAAAGAAGGACCAAAAAGCUAUUAAAGACCUGAUUGUUUCUCCCAAGAAGAAAAAGAGGAAGCAGCGCUCACCAGCAAAGAUUCUCAACAUGAAUGAGGAGGGACUGCUGGGCCUACAGAACCCCAAGUGUCACAUUUGUGUUCACUGUAAUGCUGCAUUCCGAACAAACUACCACUUACAGAGACACGUCUUCAUUCAUACGGGGGAAAAGCCUUUUCAGUGCAGCCAAUGUGACAUGCGGUUCAUUCAGAAAUACCUGCUGCAGAGACACGAGAAGAUCCAUACAGGUGAGAAGCCUUUCCGCUGUGACGAGUGUGGAAUGAGAUUUAUCCAGAAGUAUCACAUGGAGCGACACAAGAGGACUCACAGUGGAGAGAAGCCGUACCAGUGUGAUUACUGCCACCAGUACUUCUCCAGGACAGACCGGGUCUUGAAGCACAGACGGAUGUGCCACGAAAACAGAGAAAGGAAGUCCAGCAAAGCCGCUGCUGACGUUGGACUUUUGCGGGAAGCGGGCUCUCCGGGCUCACCGCUUCUUCCCAAAGAGCGCUCCCUCCCCAAGAAGAAGCGUCAAAAGUGCGCGGAGAAGAAUCCGGGCGCCUCCACAUUUGCUCCCCAGACGGGCAACCUGUUUGACGUUGGGGAGGCGGUGGAGAAGGAAGAACGGAGUCCAGGGAAAAGCCCAUCGCUGUGCUCUGGAUCCUCUAAGGUGAAACACGAGUAUGUGAUAGCAGGCUACGGCGUGGAGCCUCCUGAGGAAGCAUCCGGGCAACACGAAGAUGGACCGCUGUCCGCAGAGGAGGCCACCCCGCCUAAAAUAGUGCUGAAAAAAGUUCCAAAGAGGAUUCUGAAGCAGUUGGGCGAGCAGACACCUCCCUGCUUGCCCACUUUGUCUUCUUUUGACGAAAACGAUAAGGUGGCACAAUACACCUUUGAAAUUGUGGAAAAGCAAGGACUCUUGGACGUGGAAGGCAACACGGAGCUGGAAUCGGUUGAAACUCUCCAAGGGAGACCCCCAAAACCUGCAGCCAGCAGCACCAACUACGACGAUGCGAUGCAGUUUCUGAAGAAGAAACGUUACCUUCAAGCUGCGGCGGCCAGCACCAACAGCGUCCGGGAUUACGGCAGCAUCUCCUGCCAGCCUGCCACCGCGCAAACCGUGGUGUCGACCAUCAUCGACGAAACUGUCCCUGCCACCAUUUUGGAUCCGCAGCCAAUCAACGCAGACCUGAAGGCACCUCACGAGAAGCACGUUCUCCCCGAUGAGGUCCUGCAGACUCUACUGGACCACUACUCCAACAAAGCUAACGGGCAGUCAGACAUUUCCUUUAGCGAGGCUGACACGGAGGUAACAUCCAGCAUAUCUAUAAAUUCUUCUGACGUCUCAGACAGCAGCCCCAUGGAAAGCCUGGGGGCUUCCAGCGUCCAGCCGCAUGCUUCCACCGAAAAAGUCAGCCUCUUGCAAGAAUAUUCAAAGUUUCUCCAGCAAGCGCUGGAGAGGACGAGUCAGAAUGACAGCUACCUGACCAGCCAGAGCCUUAGCUUGGUCUCUGAAAACCCCACGUUAGCUGGACAGCCUCUGUUCUCCACAGAGAAGCAGUUUCCCUCCCCCGGCAGGUUUAAAUCAGGGUUAAGCUCCCCGCUGAGGUCCACGUUGGACAAACCUCACUUUGGAUUGCUGGUCGGAGACUCCCAGCACUCCUUUUCGUUUUCAGGCGACGAGACCACGACUCCCUCUGCGGUGUCGCCGUCUGAGGACGACUUCCUGGACCAGGUCUCGCCCUCUAAAAAGUCCGACUCCUCGCAGGGCAUCCUGCAGACGUUCCAGAUAAGCUCUUUUGAUCAGAACUUCAAAUCGCAUUUCCACGCUUCAAGAUCCGGACCGUCCUCGCAGUUUACUGUCGCCAACGGGCAAGUAAGCGUUCGAGGGCCCAGCACAGACUUCUCCGAGUUUCCUUUAGUCCGAGUCACCGAGACCAGGUCUCAACUGAACUCCUCCCCCGAUGUGUCGACCAGCGAAUCUUUUGGCUGAAGGAAAUGAGGACGGGGUCAUAUCAGCAGCACUUUACAACCUCUUUUUUGUUUCCUCUUGCCAAAACUAGUCCUUCUGCAAACAUGUCACUCUUUUCUUUAAGCAAAAUAAAUCCUGUUCUGCUUCUUUACGCCCUCAUCCAAUAACCCUGAUAGACGAAUACAUCCUACUAUAAUUAGGAUUUCCCUCGUGACUAAAGAAAUUCUUCUGGAAUGUACACUUAGAGAUUAUAUGACCAAAGUUUAAUGUAGAGAUUCGUUCAUAUUACUGCCAUUGGUUAAUUAUCAUUGUUGUCUGUAAAAACAAAAACCAACGUAUUCACUUUCAAUAUUGCAAUAUUUCCACUUAAAACUCGAGGCUGGAUUCCUAGAUGCUUUUUUUUGUUGUUGUUCAUAUUGUUACUACCUCCCCUCGCUCUUAACCUGUUUGGACAGUAGACUCUUUGAAGAAGUUCUACUUUCUCUGGCUCCUCAGGCAGACCAUCACAACAACAAUAGCACAAUCAUUCUUCACUUUAAGGCUGAGAUGUCUCCAGGAUCUGUGUAACAGAAAAGUGAAAUGGAGUUUCUUGGUUUGAAAUUUUCAAACAUUUUGAGCAUUAUCUGAGCAUUAUUACAAAUCUUAGAGGCCCACUCCGAUGAAUAGCAUGUUCUUAACAUGUUCUUGAGGCAUUUUUCCGGCGAUCGAGGACAAAUAUAGAGAAAAUUGCGUUCAAAACUGUAUUUCUUUAUUCAGAUCGCUGUGAAUCAGGAGCAGGGAUGCCAGAGGUACAAUCAGCGGGCUACAAGCUCUGAUACCUCCACUUGCAGACAGACGGAUUCAUGUACGUCUUUGUUUUCCUCGUCUGAGCUGACAUCUGGCUCAGAACUGUACGGCUGGAUAUUGUUAGUAUUGUAAGCUCUGGGUUGUAAAUUAGCAGGAUGAUGGGAAUUGAGGGCAGGCUUACUCCAUGCCAGCAGCCCCGCCCACAACUCUGAGACAAAUUUCUCUGUCCUGCUUUUCCUUAUGUCCUAGAAAAUGACAGAAAAUGUCUUGAAUUUGGCUAAAAACGGCAAAUCGCCAUUACAAGACCACUGGGAACCCUUAUAAUAGAUCAAAAGAUGGUCGGAGUGGGUCUUUAAUGCGUGUGAAGGCAGUGGUUUUAAACUUUAUUUAAAAAAUUCUUUUAUUUGAGUUGUUUCAAAGAGCUGCACAUUUGUUAGAGUGGCAGGAUAAUUCUUAAUUUCCUUCUUAAAAUCAGAAUGAAUUUCUGCACAAUUUGCACAUCCUCUGCAUGAUCGCAACCGUUGAAGAAGUUUAAAGUGGAACUAAUCAAUGAAUAAAAAUGAUUCGAAUUCUGAAACUCCAACCAUAGUUUGAUCACUUGAAUGCACAUGGCUUUUUCUGCCACAGUUCGAGGUACUUAGUAGUUGUGAAGCUGCACAGGUUUUUAGGAAACUGAUGGAAUGACAGCUGAAAUAUAGAACGUGGAGCCUGGAUUUACUUUGCUUCUGUGCCUUUUGCUUUUCUUUCUUUUGCUUGAAUUUCAGCACUUCCUCACACAAUCAUUCCUGCAGAUGCAGGUGUGUGGUUUUUUUCUUUUUCUUUAAAAAAAAAAAACUCUGUCUCUGCUUGGAUCCCAUGUUGCACAAUCACAGGCAAUUGUCAACCUAUUCACAUUGCAAUAUACUGUAAAGAGGGAAACUUAUUUAAAUAUCUUUUCUUUUUUAAAGUUUUAGACAGAAAUAUGUUGUAUCUUAUGCACUGUUGGGUGAACAUCCUAUUUAAAUUGUUGUUCUUUAAUAUGUUUAUAAUCACAUCCGCUAUGUGACCCAUUUGAUGGGAUUCAGUCUUCUUUCGGGCCUUUUUUUUUUCUUUUUUCUCCGAAACCAUGCAGUUGCAAAACCACAAGUGGAGGAUGAGUGAGGUCUUUUCCAUCAUAAAUGCUUUACAUUUGUAGAUAAAACAGGUGAUUUCUCGCUUGUUUGUGCGUUUAUCAGCUCCAUCACAUGCAGUUUGAAAGCGGCGUUUGCGUCCCUCGCCACACAUUCGGGGACAACCAUCACCACGUUAUUUAUCCCAUCCUGUCUUCUACAUCAUCCACCAUUCCCUCUAGAAUGUAAAAUAUAAAUAAAAACACUUAUCCUGCUGUAAAUAUGUUGUAAAUUUUGUUUUACUGAAUAUCUAGAAAGUUGUCAUCUUAAGCAUUUGAGAUGUUACAAUCUGACAAGCUCCUGUGCGCUGUAUCAAAACUAAAUUUCUUUUAAAAAAACAACAAAAAAAUGACUAUUUAAUUUCUCUGCUUUUUGUACGUUUGAGCAACUAAAUAAGCAACUUAACUGUAAACGGAAACAAAAAUUAGAAUUUGACUCCUGAAAGCCCCUAUUCUGUAUUUAUUUAUGUUCGUUUAAAGGAAAACCACCUAAAACUGUUUUUUUUUAAUCAAAAAGUCCCUAAUCGUGUGGAUAAUUUUGUUUCAAAAGAACACCACAGAUGAGAUAUUCUGCUAUAUAAUAUUCCCCUUUUUCUUUAUCAAUAAAAGUGUAAAACAGAUUAAGUAUGAACAUUUCUAUAUAUUUCUUUUUUUUUCUAGUAACUGUUAGUCUCAUGGCCAUAAGUGUCCUUGUGUAAGCUAGAGGAAAAAAAAUGUUUGUAAAAUGAUCUGAACUUUUUGAUAAAAAGCUAUUUUUGAAACAUUGUCAUUUAAUGCACUGAUAUGUACAGUAAAUCACGAUGUACCGCCAUUAAUCUGUCAUUUGAGUCAAGAUCUCACAUUUACAGGUGCAUAAUCUAAAGUUUGGUCUCUUGGAGUGAACCUGUUUUAUGAAUAAUGUGCAGCUUUCAUUGUAGCUGAAUAAUCAGUCAAGUAACCUUGUAUGAUUUGUUUUUUGCAAUUUAAUAUGAUUUGUAAGCAAUCUGAUUUGAAAUUGUUUCUGUUGUGCGUCAUGUCUUUAUGAAUAAAGUUAUUCACAUUUGUGAGCUCAAA